AUGAGGUACGUCGUAGGAGGUGAUUUCCUCCUCAAUCCCAUUCUCUUACGCGGGUUUUCUGGUUCUGUGCACCUAGUUUUGUUGCUUAUUCUAUUUAUCUCAUGGGUUUGCAAGAAAAUUAGGAUCAAUAAGACUGAGGGCCAAAAACAGAGUGUUAGAAUCACCAGAAAUGGUUGGUCUGAGGAAAAGGUUGUGACCCUUUUAGAUUUGGUAAUCAAGACACUUGCUUGGUUAGUUCUCUCUGUUUUCUUGCACACCCAGUUCUUUAAUUCAGGUGCAUCAAAGUUCCCAGUUGCUUUAAGAGUUUGGUGGGGGUUUUUCUUCUCUAUAUCUUGUUAUUCCCUUGCUGUGGACUUUGUUUAUUACAAAAAGCACCGAGCUUUACCAGUUCAAUUUUGGGUGUCUGACAUAGUUUGUAGUACUUCUGGGUUGUUCUUCUGUUUUGUGGGGUUUUUAGGUAAGAAAGAAGGUGAAAAUGCCCUUCUUCAAGAACCCCUUUUGAAUGGUAGUGCUGGUAACGUUAUAGAAUCGAAAAAGUCCAGUGGGGGUAAAACUGUGACCCCUUAUUCCAGUGCUAGUUUCUUGAGUGUCCUUACUUUCUCUUGGAUGGGUACUUUGAUUGCUGCCGGCUCCAAAAAAACUUUGGACCUCGAGGAUGUUCCUCAGCUUGCCAGUAUUGAUAGUGUCAGGUCGGCUUUUCCAAUUUUGAGAAAUAAGGUAGAAUCGGACUGUGAGAGUAGUAGUAAAGUGACGACAUAUGUGCUGGUGAAGGCUUUGAUUUUCACGGUAUGGAAGGAAAUUCUAUUAUCAGCUUUUCUUGUGCUUGCUUACACAUUGGCCUUGUAUGUCGGCCCCUACCUCAUUGAUACUUUCGUUCAAUACCUCAAUGGUCAUCGUGAAUUCAAAAACGAAGGUUAUUUUUUGGUUUCUACUUUCUUCAUUGCAAAGUUGGUUGAGUGUCUGGCACAGAGACACCGGUUCUUUAAGGUCCAGCAGGCUGGAUUCAGAGCCAGGGCUGCAUUGGUUGCCAUGAUCUACAAUAAGAGUUUGUCCCUUGCAUGCCAAUCAAAGCAAAGCCACACAAGUGGGGAGAUAAUCAAUUUCAUGACAGUUGAUGCUGAGAGGAUUGGUGACUUCAGUUGGUAUAUGCAUGAUCCCUGGAUGCUGCUCCUACGAGUUGGUUUGGCUUUGGCGAUCUUAUACAAAAACCUUGGGCUUGCUUCACUUGCUACGUUUGUUGCUACUGUAAUAGUGAUGUUGGCAAAUGUUCCUUUGGGGAAGUUGCAGGAGAAAUUUCAGGAAAAACUAAUGGCAUCUAAAGAUCAAAGGAUGAAGUCGACGUCUGAAAUUUUGAGGAACAUGAGGAUUCUAAAGCUUCAAGGUUGGGAGAUGAAGUUUUUGUCUAAAAUUGUCGAGCUCAGGAAUACUGAGGCAGGAUGGCUGAGAAGAUACAUGUACACUUCCGCGAUGACCACUUUUGUUUUUUGGAUUGCCCCUACAUUUGUGUCUGUGGUCACUUUUGGUGCUUGUAUUCUUUUGGGAAUCCCACUCGAAUCAGGGAAGAUGUUGUCUGCACUUGCAACGUUUAGAAUACUUCAGCAGCCUAUUUAUGAUCUUCCCGAUACAAUUUCAAUGAUUGCUCAGACUAAAGUUUCCCUUGACCGAAUUGCUUCAUUUCUUCGUCUUCAUGACCUGCAGCCGGAUGCUAUACAGAAGUUGCCGAGAGGUACAUCUGACACGGCCAUUGAGAUAGUUGAUGGGAAUUUUGCCUGGGAUGUGACUUCUCCUAAUCCAACUCUCAAAGAUAUAAAUCUCAGAGUGUCUCAUGGCAUGAGGGUUGCUGUUUGUGGUACCGUUGGUUCAGGCAAGUCAAGCUUAAUCUCUUCUAUCUUGGGAGAAAUGCCCAAAAUAUCAGGAGCUAUUAUGCUAAGUGGAACAAAGGCCUACGUUGCUCAGUCACCCUGGAUACAGAGUGGGAAGAUUGAGGAGAAUAUACUUUUUGGUAAGGAAAUGGACAGAGAGAGGUAUGAGAAGGUUCUUGAAGCAUGUGCCUUAAAGAAAGACCUGGAAAUUCUCUCCUUCGGUGAUCAGACAGUUAUAGGUGAGAGAGGAAUCAAUUUGAGUGGUGGACAGAAGCAGAGAAUACAGAUUGCGCGUGCCCUGUACCAAGAUGCUGAUAUCUAUCUAUUUGAUGAUCCAUUUAGUGCAGUGGAUGCUCAUACAGGAUCACAUCUUUUCAAGGAAUGUUUACUGGGGCUGCUGGGUACGAAAACUGUAGUUUAUGUUACUCAUCAAGUGGAGUUCUUACCGUCUGCAGAUCUUAUCCUGGUCAUGAAAAAUGGGAGAAUUACGCAAGCUGGAAAAUAUGACGACAUUCUAAAUUCAGGAAGCGACUUUAUGGAACUUGUGGGUGCCCAUAAGGAAGCUUUAUUGGUGCUUGAUUCUGUAGAAACACAUUCAGGCUCGGGAAAAUCAAAUAUUAACGAGGAAGUUGAUGGUAUUGGGGAUGCUAAGAAGGUGCUCAAGGAUGAGAAAACUGCAGUUGGUCAAAAUGGCAAAGCAGAUGAUGUUGGGGGGCCAAAAGGUCAGCUUGUUCAAGAAGAAGAAAGAGAGAAAGGUAAAGUUGGUUUUUCAGUCUACUGGAAAUAUAUCACUACCGCGUAUGGAGGAGCACUUGUGCCCUUUAUAUUAUUGGCACAAGUUUUCUUUCAGCUACUUCAAAUUGGGAGCAAUUACUGGAUGGCAUGGGCAACUCCGGUCUCAAGUAAUGUACCGCCUCCUGUUGGAGGCUCGACUCUUCUAAUUGUCUAUGUAGCUUUGGCAAUCGGAAGUUCUUUUUGCAUCCUUUCCAGGGCCUUGCUUCUGGUGCCGGCCGGGUACAAGACUGCCACAAUCCUGUUCAAUAAAAUGCAUUUCUGCCUUUUGCGCGCCCCUAUGUCUUUCUUUGAUUCCACCCCUAGCGGACGGAUACUGAACAGAGCAUCUACAGAUCAAAGUGCAGUUGAUUUGGACAUUCCAUUUCAAGUUGGGACUUUUGCCUUCUCAAUAAUACAACUCCUUGGAAUUAUUGCAGUGAUGUCGCAGGUUGCUUGGCAGCAAUAUUACAUACCAGCAGCACGAGAAUUGGCACGGUUAAUUGGAGUGUGCAAAGCUCCAGUUAUACAGCAUUUUGCUGAAACAAUCUCAGGAUCAACUACGAUUAGAAGUUUUGAUCAGGAAUCUAGAUUCCGGGACACAAAUAUGAAAUUGAUAGAUGGGUAUUCUCGACCAAAGUUUCACAGUUCUGGUGCAAUGGAGUGGCUAUGCAUUCAGUUGGAUAUGUUGUCUUUAAUUACAUUCGCCUCAUCCUUGGUUUUUUUGAUCUCUGUUCCGGUGGGAGCAAUUGAUCCAAGUGUUGCGGGAUUAGCAGUGACAUAUGGGCUUAAUUUGAACAUGAUACAAGCUUGGGUCAUACGGAAUCUUUGUAAUCUAGAGAAUAAAAUUAUAUCAGUUGAAAGGAUACUUCAAUACACUUCUCUUCCCAGUGAGCCUCCUCUUGUUAUAGAAUCUGCCAGGCCAGAGGCAGAUGGUCACUGGCCGUCACAUGGUAAAGUUGACAUUUGUGAUCUAAAGGUGCGAUAUGCCCCACACAUGCCACUUGUGUUAAGAGGCCUCACGUGCACUUUCCCCGGAGGAAAGAAGACUGGCAUUGUAGGAAGAACGGGCAGUGGUAAAUCAACACUUAUACAGACACUCUUCCGUAUUGUUGAACCCGCUGGUGGACACAUUUUUAUAGAUGAUAUCAACAUCUCUUCGAUCGGGCUGCAUGAUUUAAGAUCUAGAUUGAGCAUAAUUCCACAGGACCCAACCAUGUUUGAGGGGACGAUACGAAGCAACCUGGAUGCGCUUGAAGAGCAUACGGACGAACAGAUUUGGGAGGCUCUCGAUAAGUGCCAGCUUGGAGAGGAGGUUAGGAAGAAGGAAGGCAAACUUGAUUCAGCAGUUAAUGAGAAUGGAGAGAAUUGGAGUGUGGGUCAAAGACAGCUGGUCUGUCUUGGCCGUGUGCUACUGAAGAAAAGCACGGUUUUGGUGCUUGAUGAGGCUACAGCAUCAGUUGAUACAGCAACUGAUAAUCUGAUUCAGCAAACCUUGAGGCAACACUUCUUCGACUCCACAGUCAUAACCAUUGCACAUAGAGUAACAUCUGUGCUCGGCAGUGACAUGGUCCUACUAUUAGAUCAUGGAUUAAUCGAGGAAUACGAUACUCCAACAAAAUUGCUGGAAAACAAGUCAUCUUCAUUUGCUAAGCUCGUAGCAGAGUACAGCGUGAGAUCAAAUUCUAGUUACGAGACUUCGAGAACUUUGGAUGCCGGACCACACCAUUAAUGGCUGAUGUUAUGCGAUGAUGAUGACCUUCAGGUUGUAGUUAUUGUCUCAGGUACAAUUUGCCCUAAUGGAUGGGGCAUCUUCUAUGAUCCAAACGGUUUUCCUAUUUGAGUGUAUGUGAUAUAUGGAAAGCCAAGUUAUUCGUUGGCACAUGUUCUACGCAAGAUGCGUUAUGAUUUUGAUAAUGCAAUGGAGUUCAUGUAUACUAUUAUAAAUUCUAAUGCAUGUUAAGUUGUAUUACUACGUAAGAUGAAUAAUCAAUAAAGAGUUGGUAUUGAGUAUUUUUAUGUGGGUAGAGAUGAGUUUAACAUGUUUUAAGCGUUUGUUUGAG